AUGGAUCGAUGUCUCAUUCUGAAACUUGUACAUCAAGCUAAUGAAGGUUAUAAAGUGGACAAGGGCUUUAAAGAUCACACUUAUACUGCAGCUUUAUCGGGUAAGGAUAUAAACACUAACUUGUCAAGACAAAUGGAUGUUAGUGACAAUGAGUACACACUGGUCUUCGAUCACAAUGAGAAUACGGCAGUCAACGACUUGGGUGAUAUAGAAGGCAAUGGAUCUAGACAUCAACAAGACAAUGAUAGUAGCCAGAUACCAACACAAGGCAAACGCAACCAUGGAUCUUCAAAUCCUAUGAGAUGUCAUUCAAAGAAACCAAAAAAUGCAGAGAUUGUUGUUGAAAUAAUAAAUGCAGUUGCUAAUAACAUGGCAAGACUAGAUGAUGCAUACGAAAUGAGUAAGCCUUGCGUAAAUUAUUCGGACCUUUACAAAGAUGUAAUGGAUGUUGAAGCGCUUGAUAUUGAUAGUUGA